AUGAGUGAAGCAGCAGCAGUUGAAUUAUUAAAACGAGCAAUACAACUUGAUGGCGAAGAAAAAUAUCCAGAUGCAUUAACUUGUUAUUCCGAAGGUGUUCGUAUGUUGCUGAAUGCUGUUAAAGAAAUUCCAUCGAAUGAUGAACGAAAACGAGCAGCAUAUCGACAGAAAAUCACAGAAUGUAUUGAUCGUGCUGAAAAACUCAAAGAUUUAAUUCAACAAGAAAAAGGUAUAGAAGAUUAUUUUCAUAUAGUUAGAAAAGAAAAGAAAUCAAUAUUCGAUUUAUGUAAUACAUUAUGUGGUCCAUGUCAAACUGAACUUUUAUUUGCCAAAUGUUCAUCAACAGAUAAAAUCUUUGUUUCAUAUAAUUUAACAAAUCAAAAUAUUCAAUCUCAACGUGGUUUUGCAUUUCUUUAUCAUCUUCUACCAAGAUUAACUACAAUUACAUUACCAUCAACACGAAUAUCAACAUCAUUAGAGUUUGGACUUAGUCCAGUAAGUACAAUGAUAUCACAAACAAGUAUAUGUGUUCAACGAUCAAUUCCAUUACGAUAUAAUACUGAUUAUAGUCUUGUUUUACAUAAAAUUGAUCUUGCUGUAAGUAAAACAGGUAUUUGCAAUUAUUCACCUGAUGAUUGUUUUGAAGAACCUACUUAUUUGCAAGGUAUAUGUGGUGGAAAAUCAUCUUGUUAUAUAUUUCCUCCUUUAGUGUCAUUAUCAAAAUGGAAUAAUUCUAAAUCAACUUAUUUCUAUGCUGAAUAUCAAUGUAUUCCAAAUCGACCAAAGUUAAAUAUUAGUAUAUAUUCGUUAUCAAAUUCAUUCGAAAAAGCUGAAGGUGAUCCAAUUUUUUCAUCAUUUUGUUAUACAUCCGAAUAUAAAGAAUGUUAA